AUGGACAUCUGCUCCGGAAUCUUACUGUCCGACGACCGAUGUUCACCAAUUCCCCAAGACAUCCUUCUCCUUGCAAAUGAUAGCCAUUCGCAUGUCAUUGAGGAAAGUCCACCACAUCCACCAGCAGUUAGAACAAGAAAGCGGCAGGCCGGAACUACAGAACCAGAAAACCUCGAACCAGAGACUUGUAUUGCCGAUAGAAAGCGGCAGGCCGGAACUACAGAACCAGACGACCUCGAACCACAUACUUGUAUUGCCAAUCCCUGCUAUCCAAGCAAGCGCCGCAAGGAAAAUUCAAUGCAGGAAGCACGAAUUUCCCCUUCUCUACUGCGUCAAGCAUCGGACGCCUAUAAGGAUGGCAACUUCCAGCUAGCUGCGCAACACUUUCGUUUGCUGUUGUGUCUCUAUCGUGAGCAGAAGCCACAGAACAUGCCAGGGUGCCCUGAUACCGACAUGAUUCGAGUUUGUCUGGAUCUCACUCGGUGUUACUUAAACCUGAAACUGGCGGACACGGCUCAUGAGGUCCUGGAAGACGCUUGGCAUCCUAAUAGGACACUGACAAUUGACAUUAAACAUACACUCUUCGUGGAUUUGUCGCGACUAUAUUGUGAGGUACAGGCCCAGCAAAUCCUGCUCUCGAAAGAUAAGAACAAUGACUUGGGUGGCGCACAGGAAGAAGAUGAACGGGCAACAGUGGAAUCUUUGAAACUUAUCUAUAAUUAUGGUACUCAAUACUUUUUCGAAGGACAGCCACAAAACGCUAUGGUUCUCUUGAGUAAUGCAGUGCGUCGAACAGAGGGAAACAGUCACAUACAUAUUGGAGAAAGUUUGAAGAAUGCAUUGGUUGAGAUUCACCUGCUUUUGGCUGAGGCCUUUCUCUGUCUCGGGCAGCUUGAAGAUGUCCUGACUACUUUAAAAAAAUUGUGGAGUCCGAUUAACUAUCUAUACAUUGACCAACGCCAUCAACACUUCCUUUGGUUGGCUAGGGUCCAUGCGCGCGCCACCAAACCGUAUACUGAUCCAAACAGAGAAAACAACUGCUUCAUCGCCAAAAAACUUGACCUUUACGAACGCUUAGGUCUUUCACAUACUGCUACCGCCGUUGAUAUCAAAAAAGCCUACAAACGAUGCAGUUUGCUCUUUCAUCCGGACAAGAGUGGAGACACUUUUGCCUUCCAGCAAAAGAUUUGUUUAUAUUAUUUGGUCUCUUCUUUAUCAGAUCAGGGAGGCAUAUGA